GGACGAUGUGGCCAUGUCCAAAUUUGGCCUGCCACAUCGUACCUAAGCGACAUGGCCACUACGAUCACUACAAUAACAAAUAUUAUUGUAGUUGCCAUGCCCUGAUUGAUUAAUAUGCCGACGCCAUUGAUGCUUAGUUCUACGUCGAUCUUCAGAUAUGAAAUUCCGUGAGAUGUUCUGAUGGUGUGUUGCUAGUUUUCUGGUUAGUUUUAUAAUGCUUGUUGUUGUGUGGGAGUCUCUUGAACUUCGCAUUCAUGUAAUCGACUUGUUCUGAAAUCGAAGUUCGAUUGCUGGUAGAUUUUGAGAACUUCCCCGUUUUUGUAGCGUGUCAUGCAGCGUUGUGAUUGAAUAUUGAGUUUGUCGGCCAUGGUUCUGGUGUGGAAUUGUGCGAGACUGGGGUGUAAGGCUGUGAGGUCUGGAGUGUUCACCAUGGUGUCGUGGUCGACGUUAGUAGAUCUACCUUGUAUAAUUGCCGUAAGAAAUUUUAUUGUGUUGAGACUAUUAAGGGGUCAGUCAUACAUUCGGUUGAUACGCAGAGUACCUGAAUGGCAAUUGUGGUGGCGGAUCUCAUUCGGAUCACACAUGUGAGCAUAAUUUCAUAAAAUAUCGAUGCCGCUGAGGAACUCAUUGCGUCGCCUUAUCUUUUUGGAUCUGACGAAGCAUGAUUUGGACUGAGCUGUUCAGGAACUUUCUUAUUCCUGGUGACUCGAUAUAUCGUAUAGAGUUGCACGAUGUUGAAAUUUAUAGGAUGCACCAUCCUCUUUGCCGUGUUUGUACUUUAUUCCUUGCCAUAUAUUCUAGAGUUACCGUCUGAUUUUACAUUAUUACUUGAAUAACUGUGGUCUGGGGUUGUUGUAAGAAAAGCACAAAUGCAUGUUCUCUCCCUCUUUGAGCUGAUCGCACGUGUUUACAUCUGCUCAUAUGUUUUUAUGAUGGGUAGUAAUGAGCUGAAAGUCAUGUGAUAAACAGUUGGCUUUUGCUAAAAUGGUAAUACAUGGUGGUACAGUGCAGCUCAUUCCCUGGCUGAAUGUUUGAUUAUUUACGACUUGGAUGGAGCCCGAUGGAUUGAUUGCUCAUAAUUCUAAGCAACAUUGCUCACUAUUGGACAUAAUUUUAAAAUCUUAAAAUUCUCUUGAUGAAUAUAUUUGAUGGGGACUAACAGUUCUUGUUGUUGUCUGAAGCCAGUAGGACUUACAAUUGUGAUUUUGUAGGUGAAUGUGGGGCAGGGCUCGUGGGUCUCUGUGCGCAAGCAAUCUCCGCACAUGACAAGACUGCGACGACAGCACAGGAGGCAACAAAAUAGAUGUUUUAGUAGGAGUUGCCUCUACAGUACUUCUGAAGGAGUCGUGCUUGAGGAAUAUAAGAAGUAUGUCGAUCAUGGAGAUUUUUGGAGACGCCUCGUGUAUCAUCUCGUGAAUUAGCUGGGACUGAUCAUUCGACUGUAAAAGCAUUAACAAGUAAUUUUUCUAGCAGUAGCUUAGCAAACGCUAACAUGACUGCUGAUUACAAAAUUUUAUUUUGCUGUCUGAUAUUCGUAGAUUGAAUUAGCUUACAUAAAGAGUGCAAGUACCUCAUAGCAGGUAUGGUAUUCUUAAUGAAAUUUCAUGGAGGUGAAAGUACUAGUCGGUGCUGUAAAUAAGCUUUCUGGAUGUACGCAAUCUCUUGGAAGUUCUUAAAUACUUUUCCAUGCUUAGCUUUUGAAAUAAUUAGCUCUUCAGAUCUUGUCAUGUGUGUGGACCUGUCACCUCGAUACGUGGCAGGAACAAAAGACACAAUUUAAAUUUUAUUAUCCCUUAUACUGUCAUUUUCUCUCAGAUUUCCCAUAUUAACUAUUAAGUAUUGUCAGUUACUGCUAUGGGUAUCCUUGCUUGUGGAGGAAAUUUCUGUCAUAGUUUGAAUCUCCCAUUACAUCUCAAUUGCCCUACUCGAUUGACUUUGUUCAGCGCAAUUGUCCUUUUCGAAGUUCAUCCAUCGAAACAGUACCUUGUUCAAGGUUGGAAAUUUUGGAGUGCGUUGACCGCCGCAUUCUUAAUACGACCCAAAGCAAUCCCUUGGGUUCUAUGGUUGGUGAGUCUGGCUAGAUGUUUGACCAUGUGGGCAGGUUAUGAAAAUCACUUAGAUUAGAAGCAACAUUAUAGAUCAUAGGUGCUCCAGAAGGUGUACCUUUUACUCUUCGAGAAAUCUUCGUCGUGCUGGUAGGCACCACUUCCAAGCAGAAAAUAGCUAUUCCAGGUGAAUUUUUGUUUCAGAUGUGCUUAGAUUUGUUGUAUGUGGUGGGGUACUUUCUCAAAAUUCUUUCGAUCACUGUAAAUUCCGCUCACGGAUUCACGUAGUGUUUGAAAGAUGCUGGAUCUUUAUCGCUAAUGAGUGUUCUGUUUUCGCACUUUCAGAACGCACACAUAUAUUUUGAUCUCAGUCAACUGGCAUUUUUGCUUUCUCUGCAAAUAGCGCAUCAGGGGAUGCGGGUUACGAAUUCUCGUGCAGUCUCAAUGUCCAUGGACAAAUGAGCUUCGAAUGAAUUGAUCUAUGAGUUAACGCACCAAUUGGUUUUUACUUUUAGUUUUCUGAACGUUCCAACGAUUGUGCGCUAGAUCAGCAGACAGUACCACGAAAAACCCUGACUUGAGUGGUUUUCUAAAGUCCAGUUCUAGCUGAAUGUGGUCUUGCCAAGCAAUGCUGGGCAUGGGAGUUUCCGUUUGGGCUUACCACUUGUACGAACUCUUUUGUGACCAAGAGAGUUGAUUGAAACUAUACGUCAUUCCAGUUUGGGCCCACCUUCCCUGAACAGUGUCAUACUCAAUCAAUGGAGCACCGGAAUUGCUCGAUCUAUUGGCAUCCACCGUCGAAAGCAAGGGGGCUAUGAUACGGCACAUGAUAAGUGACUCCGUAGGAAUCUCCGAGUCUUCGGGUGAAGCAGAGGCCCUGUUGUCCGCUCAACGAAAGCUCUGGCCUCGUCUUGGUCACAAGGACAUUACAUGAUUACACAGGAGCUGAAAGUGCUUGACGUGGAGCAGUCACAAUAUAGUUGGUACCAAAUCCUAUCUUACUGCUUGUACGUUGUGAAAGGUCGAUCUCAUCAGUGUCAUAAAAUUGUCCAGCAUUUAAAUUACUCAAAGGUUCUCCAACUCAUGUCACGGACAACAUUCUUUGUUCUAGCUCAUGUAACAAAACAGAAGCCUGAAGUGCAGUUCUAUGGAAAGAAGCACAACCCCGAUUCUCGGCCAGCAUCCAGCGUGGUUGUUCAUUAGAGAAUGGUCUGAAAUCACCACCUCGAGAGAAAUGCCUCUUACUCAAGGCUUAUAGCUUGGAAAAUGAAGUUGAUAUUUUCAGUUGUUCACGUUCUCAGGUGUCGUCCAGCGAUACGAAUGAGUAUAUGACAGUGGGUUGCACCACUUGGCUUUCCCCUGAAAACCGGUUUGCCAUUGCUCUUUGUAUCGGUUGAGCCAGCUAACUACCGGUCAUUAAAGACGAAGGAGCCGUACUUGGAUCCCCGCCUAUUGGAGAGAAGGGCUGAUAAGAACGCCAAGAACUCUGUCUCUUGUCCUCUUGUACUCCCAACAUGUGCAUGUAAAUAACAGUACUGCCCAAUUGUCGCGGUCCAUUUUCUGUCGAUGCACACAAGCUUCAAGAAGCAGCGCAAGUUACCACUUUCAUUGUCUGCAGUGUUGCGGGGCGUGGUGCGGAGAGGAAGUGAAAAAAGGUCAAAAGUGAUCAGUAUUUGCAAAGGGCUGCUGAUGAGGUGGAUGAUUUGCAAUCUGGAUGAUUCGCAAUCCCACUUGCAUCUGGAUGAUUCGCAAUCGUCUACUUCUGGUCGCCUGCUCAUGAAAGUUAUUCCAAGGAACCGAUUCAUCUAAGAAGGCGUCAUUCUCGACGUCUGCUUUCACCUGCGCCUAUAUAUUAUGCUCCAUGCUUAAUGCUUCAUGCCGCAUCCUUGUUCUUUUGUAGGCGAUUUCUGUACAAGUAGGGACUAUCGGGACUGGUGUCGAAUCUGUGACUAUUGCAGAGGAUUUUUAUUUUUUCGUUUUGUUCUUUUUUGAGCAGUCGAUUACUGAAUCUUAAUUCGAGACCAUAAGCUCAAUUCAAGCGACAUGCAGGAGUCGAGAGAGAUCUGGAUUGCUUUUUGAAGCUCGAUUCAAGAUAUCUUAUGAUAAUACUCAAAUUCAGAACGUACAGAUUGUAGAUCUAACUUGUCUUGACUACACACUUGAAAACAAAUCGUUUUCACGUAUAUACCCAGCCAUGAACAUGUUAGAAUCCUGAGGACUGUAGUAAUACUGUUGAAGACACGCUUGUAACUUGGGGUGGGGUCUGGGCAUUCUGCACGAUUGCAGUGACAAAAGUCCGAGAAAAAUAAGGAUAAGAUCUAAAAGAAGCUUCUAUUUAUGAUGGCUACUUGAGGUCUUGCAUCGUGCUGUCCCGUUCAAAGUUUUGAUGAAGUAGACUUGGAGAAGUGGCUCAAGGCUGACCAAUUUUAGCCGUGUGAAUGUAGAGUCAUUGGUGUUAUUUUUGCAUACAUGAGGGUCAAAAGCACAGCAGACGACACUUGCACAUUUCUUUUGAAAUCACUAGCUAAGCUAUAAUCCUCUUACUUGCUCAAAGGGUGUCAUUACCAUCGGAUGUAUCAAAAGCCUCGAAUUUAUCAUAAAUUUCUUUCUUCCUUUUAGUGACCUCCGAGUGAUGCUGCGUUUAUUGAGAGUCAAAGUUUGGAUCCUCGCUAUCUUUAUCUUUUUGUAGCUUGGUGUUGGACUACUCAGCUGAUGAAUGCUGAAUAUGGCAUCCUCGUCGGGUGUACCCGUAAUACCACAGAUAGAACUACCCCCAGGUUUCAGGUUUCAUCCCACUGACGAGGAGUUGGUGCUGCAUUAUCUUUGGCGAAAGACGGAAUCGGCGACGUUCUCCAUCCCUGUCAUCACCGAGCUCGACCUCUACAAAUAUGAUCCUUGGGACCUUCCAGGGAAGGCAAUUUUAGGAGAAGGAGAGUGGUAUUUUUUCAGUCCAAGGGACCGGAAGUACCCAAAUGGGGCUCGACCCAACCGGGCUGCAGCUUCAGGAUUCUGGAAAGCUACGGGGACUGAUCGACCGGUACAUACAUCACGGGGAACACUGCAGAAGAUUGGAGUGAAGAAAGCUCUAGUGUUUUAUAAGGGUCGGGCCCCUAAGGGUGUGAAGACUACCUGGGUCAUGCAUGAGUAUCGCUUGGCUGAUGGCAUCUCCCCCUCUUCAAAUACUACUAGAAAACCAGGUUCAUUGAGACUGGAUGAUUGGGUCCUUUGUCGAAUAUUCAAGAAGAUUCCGAGUGUUCAAAGGGGGUCUAGCAUUGACCUGAAUAAUUCCGACGUUAAUGAGGUGCUUGCAUCUUUACCUGAAAUCAACAACCGCAGCCUCGUGCUGCCAGAUUUAGGUCCCUCAUCCAGUGGGAUUAUGGAUCUAGACCCCUUGUGGGAUGAAUGCGAUCCAGAUGAAGCACGUUAUAAGGACCAGCAACAUGUCGACAAAGGAGGAGCACGAGAUCCUGAUCCUGAUCGGGCGAGCAUUGUUGCACUACAUGGAAACACCAUUCGAAGGGUCCAAUCCCGAUCCAACGAAUAUCUGGAGACCCUUUCAAAUGGUUCUGCUUUCCAUCAUACAAGCACCCCGUCAGCGCUCGAUCAUGCCGACUUCAGCAGGGAAAGAUCACAGCCUACUGCUACGGUUUAUCAAUCAACAAUAGUGAGCACCUUCCAAACUUACCCCGGUGUACAAAGACAUACACAGAGGGAUUCCUCAGGAUAUUUGGAUGCAAUGCUACCCUUCUGAUAUAUCAACUGGUGCUAUGCUCCACUGCAAAAGCAACCGCAGGUCCAAAUGCAAGGAGAGGAACAUGUAACGAAUUAUUAAAAGAUUCUAUGCCAUCGCUGAUGGCAAGUUUGAAACGAAAGCACUGUAAUCGUAUAACAGUUUUUUCUUUCUUCUUCGUCUUCUUUGUCUUCUUCUAUUUUUGUUUUCAGUAUACAAUUGUGAUGGUUUAAUGCGAAUAAGGUACCUGUGCGUUUCUGAUGGGGACCGUACCGAGGGAUGAAUCAUUGUGUAGCACCGCAACUAAAUGUGACCACAUAAUAAAGC